AACAAAGUCUGCUAUUCAAGCACUUCUCAAAAAUCUUCCCAAAUACAUUGAUAACUGAAAUAGGUCUAUAAUUGAACAUAUUGUCUUUACUUCCAGAUAAAAUAUUGGUAUCACUAUGCUUUCUUUAAAUUGGCGAGGAAUUACUGAGGAUCUCAAACAGAGGUUGAUAAUAUUACAAACUAUUUGCUGUAACUAUGUUAUCCACUGGAGUUAGAAACAUAGAGUGAGCAAUGUUCACGACAUGAAGAUCUGAUGUAUCAAGACUUGAGUUUUGAUCAAUCUGUUAUUUGCUUACCUAUAUCAAUAAAAUAUUAGUUACCUCAUUAAUAACAUCUUAGCUUUUGCUAUAGUUAUUACCUGCUAAAAUGAAUUUUUGUGUGUAAUAUUGAUUUUUAGAGAUCUUAAGAUU